CCAUUCUAAAGCAUGACCUUUUUGGUUGGUUGAGACCGUUGAGUUGUUCAUUGUUUCAGACACUUUCAGUCAUGAAUGUACUACUCCAUUCCGGCCGUGAAUGUUAAAUGCAGGGGCGGAGCCAACACCGGCGGGCAACGAAGUGACGGACCUAUUCAGUCGGUGGUCCGGUAGUGCUGAGACGGCGGAGGGGCGGUUGGCAAUUGGUUCGUCACUCUUCAAGUCCUCAAAUUUACCAGAUGUAAUUAAAGGAGAUGAGGAUAUGAUCAAUCCAUCACCAAGAGAGUUGGCCAGAAUCGUCAGUAACACUUUGAUCACGGCGGCGAAACAAGUUGCCCCAAGUCAGAAAUGGAAGUGGACGCCGCCGCUGGAGCAAGCUUUGCACCGCCUUGGGUGCCGGCGGCUUCUCAGCCCGGCGUUGGUUGCCGGCGUGAUCGACCCGCACCUCCUCCAUCACCACUCCAUCGCCCUCGGCUUCUUCGACUGGUCGUCCCAGCAACCCGGAUUUUCUCACGACUUAUCCUCAUACCAGUCGAUCAUCAAGGCCCUCUCCCGUUCCCGCGACUUCAAUGCCAUUGAAAGGCUCUUUAAGCAGAGCAAAUCCCAGAAGCUCGUUCUCCCGCCUCAUGUUUAUUGCGCCGUCAUUGCUUCUCAAAUCAGCUGCAAGAAAAUUCAAAUGGCGUUUUCCACUUUCAAAGAGUUUGGUUCGUUGAUAUCUGGAAUCGGACCUCACACUUGCAAUUCACUCCUUGCCGCGAUGUCCUCUGAAGGAGAUCUACUUGGCGCCCGAAAGGUGUUCGAUGAAAUGACUCUUAGAGGCGUUCAGUUGAACACGGUUGGUUUUGGUGUCUUUGUGUGGAACUUCUGUCGCAGUAAUGGACUGGAAAUGACUUUGAAUGUGCUAGAGGAUGUUCAGAGGAUUGAUUUUUCGGGAAUCAACGGGUCUGUUAUUGCAGUUUUAGUUGUUCAUGGGCUGUGUUCUUGUAAUCUUGUAUCUGAGUCUUUUGUGGCAUUGGAAGAGUUGAGGAAAAGAGAUUGUAAGCCAGAUUUUAUGGCGUAUAGAGUCGUCACAGAAGCAUUGAGGGAAAUGGGUGAUGUGGUUAAUGUUGAGAAGGUUUUGAAGAAAAAAAGGAAGCUGGGGGUUGCCCCAAGAUCCAAUGAUUAUAAAGAAUUCAUUUUUACCUUGAUUUCAGAAAGACUAAUAUCUGAAGCAAAAGAGUUGGGAAAGGUAAUUAUGAAUGGGAAUUUCCCAAUGGACAAUGAUCUGCUCAAUGCUCUGAUUGGAUCUGUUUCAUCUGUUGAUCCUUGUUGCUCCAUGCUGUUCUUUAAUUUCAUGGUUGAGAAAGAAGUAUUUCCCACACUUGUUACUUUGAACAUGUUGGGUAGGAACCUCUGCAGGCAUGGCAAAGCUGAGGUGCUGGUUGAGGUCUUUCAGAAAUUUUCUGCCAGAGGAUAUCUCAGUGAUGCACAAAGCUAUAAAGUGAUGGUUUCACUUUUGUGCGAUGCAGGUAAGGUAAAGGAAGCUUAUGGCCUUCUCGGCGAGAUGAAAAGAAAAAGUUUAAGUGUUGACGUAUCCUUUUACAAUUCACUUCUAGAAGCCUGCUGCAGAGGAGACAUGUUGCGGCCUGCAAAACGGCUGUGGGAUGAAAUGUUUGCAAAUGGCUGUCCUGGGGAUAUAAAGACAUACAACAUCCUCAUCCAGAAGUGUUCAGAAGCCGGCGAAGUUGAAGAAGCCUACAGGCUGUUUCAGCACAUGUCUGAGAAAGGGAUUGCACCGGAUGCAACAACUUACAAAUCCAUUCUUGAAGGGAUCUGUCAAGCCAAAGAUCUCACCUUGGCUCUUAAUGUGUUCAAUACAUGUGUUGCUCAAAGUAGUGUCAUUACGAGGGACAUUUUAGGUUCAUUUGUCCUCUGUCUUUGUAAGGAAGGUUAUGUGCUUCCUGCUUUGGAAUUGCUUCAUGGCUAUGUCAAUGAUAUUGCAUAUCUGGACUCCCAUCUUGCAGUGUUGAAAUUUUUAACUGAUGCUGGGGAGGCUUCACUGGCUCUCGAACACUUGAAGGGGAUUAAAGACAAUUCUCCUUUCAUGUUACAAGCUCUUCAGAAUGAGAUUCUAUCUUUAUCAAGACCAGAUUUGAUAAUGAAGCUGUUUAAAGCAGUGCAGGAAACUGUCUAGUAGUAAGUACUGCAGUACUUUGAAGUUCAGGACUUUGCACUUUGAGAACAAAAGGAAGCGAGCAUUUGAGGAUUUUAUAGGGUUCAGUAUUGUUAGAUGUUCAUUGUUCCAAUUGAUUGAUAUAUUCAAAGUUAUGUUUUUAAUGUGAAAAAUAAUCUCUUAUGUAUUUCAAUAGCCAAAGUAUCAUAAAAUGACCAAUAAGAU